UCGAGGUGGCUCCACCUCGCGAGAAUGGCGGCAGUUUCUCUCGUAUAAGCAUAAUGGCCGUAGUGUUCGUUCUCUUCGGAAGAGGCUACAUUUUCGGUAAUGUUUAGAAGUCGUUAACUUUUCUCCAGUUACAAAAAGAGAAUUCUUUAAAUUGAAACAAAAAGUCAACGACACAAUACUCGCUAUUAAACCGUAUUUGAAUAAUAAAACUUAAUUAUGGCUGAAGAUGAUAACGAAGAAGAAUUUUCUGGUCUUUUGCUCCAUCAGGCAGCUUUAUGGGGAAAUGCAGAAUUAUUGGAAGAUCUUUUACAUGGUGAACAGUUGCAAUAUCUUAAUGCUAUGGAUUCUUUGGGAAGAACAGCCCUACAUGCUGCAGCAACUAAUGCAAAUGAAACUUGUACAAGAAUUCUUCUACAAGCAGGUGGUACGUAUCACACAGAGAGAUACAACAAUCUUAUUUUAUUACCUAAUGCUUGCCGAGAAAAAUUGUUUAUUGAACAUUUUCAACUUAUUAUCAAAGGUCAUCUUCAGCUUCGUAAUAUUUUAAUUUUUCAUUUUCAGAAUAGCAUAUUUCAGCAAAUAAGUACACCUCUUCAUGUGGCAGCUGAAAAUGGACAUUUGUCAACAGUUGAAUUAUUAACAGAAUUUCAAGCAAAUCUUUUGGCUAAAGAUAUUAAUGGUCUAACAGCAUUAGAUUUGGCUGAGAAAAGUGAUCAUCCUCAAGUGAUGGAAGCACUUCGUAAAGCUGCAGAUGAGCAGGAACAAAAACGACAAGAGCUGUAUUUAGCUUUAUGGGAUUCCUGCAGUAAAGGAGAAGUAAGUCAUACCAAACAAAUAAUACGUGAACUUGGUAGAGAAGCAGAAUUGGUCAUCAACAGUGCCCCAAAUGGAUGUAGCACCUUAUUAUUUAAAGCUUGUGAAGAAGGACAAAAAGAUAUGGUUAAAUUUUUGCUUGACAAAGGAGCAGAUGGAAGAAUUCACCCCGUGACAAAAUAUUCACCUUUAUAUAUAGCAUGUUAUUAUGGGCGAAAAGAUAUUGUUGAAAUUAUUCUAAAGAAGUUUCCAGAAUUAGUCAGAGUACCUACAGUAGAAAAGUGGUUACCAAUUCAUGCUGCAGCUAUUAAUGGACAUGUACAUGUACUUGAUCUUUUGUUAAAUUUUUCAUAUCCUUCAUCUAUUAUGCAAUCAUAUAUUGACAAAACUGGAAAUUGGGAAUAUUAUUUUCCAUUUGAUAUAAAUGCUAAGGAUGUUACUGGCCAAACAGUGUUGUAUGUUGGAUGCUAUGUAGGAAAUCAAAGGUUAGUUGAUACACUUCUUAAGUUUAAAAUAAAAGCCCAGAGGCGUAAUCAUUCAAAGGAAAAUUUUGAUGAGAAAAAUGAACAGAAAGAAAACUUGGAGACAAGUUCAAGAAGAAGUCUUUCAGAUGGUUUACACAAUGUUAUGGUAAAAUUAAAGUUAAAAUCUAAUUCAAAUCUUCAAGAAUCAAGAACUGAAUCAGAAAUCCGUCCUAUUGACUUAGAUGCAUAUUGCAACAACAAUACAGAAACAUGUCUUCAUGUUGCUGUUCGUAAUAAACAUUAUAAUAUUGUCUCUAUGUUGUUACAGUAUGGAGCUAAUCCUAAUCUCUGUGUUAAACAGCCUGAUGAUUAUUCUACCAAAACUCAAGAAGACUAUAUUUUUCCUGGUUCCUCUCCUCUUAUGGAAGCUUGUAAAAAUCAUGAUGGUACAAUGGUUGAUUCUUUAAUAAGAUAUGGUGCAAGAGAUGAUGAUUGUAAAGCUCUUAAAAUUGCCUGUAGUUAUAAUGAUGAACACAUUGUUUCUCGACUUUUAUCUUUAAAAGCUUAUCAAGAUCCAGAAUUUAAAAUUAACAAGAAAGCUUUGGAAAUAUCUCCUUCUACUCAGUUGAGUGGUUUUAUGAACAGUGUUACAUACAGUUCAAUGUUUCCAACAACUCCAGUAAUGAUUAAUUGGCAUGGUCAAAAAUGUUUAAAUCACAUUCAAGAACAGUGGUUAAUAAAUGCGUGUGUUACUCAUAAUAUUAAAUUGAAAUUAACUCCAAGAAAUCAGACCACUGCAUUAAUUGCUAUCACAAGACUAGACAUUUCUAAUAAUCAAUUAACUGAAUUGCCAUUAUGCAUUUUUCAAAUGCCUUCUCUUAAAAUUCUUAAUGCUGCUCAAAAUAAAAUUUUUAAAUUGCCAGAAAGUGUUGACUUUUCUCAUUCCAACAGUUUAAUAAAAAGCAAACAUUCAACAUUUCAAUUACCUUCUCAGUGGCAUUGUCCAGUUUUAGAAGAAAUCCAUCUUCAAGAAAAUCGCUUAGAUAAUGUACCACCAUGUUUGUUUGAUCUUCCUUCAUUGAUUUUACUUGAUUUAUCUAAUAAUAAACUCCAAUCAUUACCAUUUAAAAUGUGGUCAGCACCUAAAUUAAGAGAAUUAAAUUUGUCUUUAAAUAUGUUACAUGAUCUACCUUAUAGAAGUGGUCCAAAUUUAUUAGAUCCACGGCAGAUAUGUAAUAUUGCAGAAGAUCAAACAACUUCUGCAGAAUCAAGCCCUAGACAUACAUCAACUGAUGCAGUAUCUAUAGAUAGUUCGGUGAGUGGCUCUGAAGGAAGAUGUAUCUCUCCAAGUGUUGGAGCAAGUCCACAGCAAACAGUUCAAGGUGUGUGUGUUGGAAAUCUUCAACAACAGGAUCUUCAUCAUGAUAACUUAUGGAGUCAUAGUAUAGAGAUAAUCGAAGCAUCUCUUAAUGAUGAUUUGGAAAAAGAACAAUACUGUCAGUUAACAUCAUUAAACUUAUCACACAAUGCUUAUAAAACUAUACCUCCCGUAUUAGCCUGUUUUGCUGUUAAUUUGUCACGAUUAAAUAUGAGUUAUAAUAGACUUGUAGAUAUGGGCUCUGUAACUUGUUAUCCUGCUGGUUUGAAACAUCUUGAUUUAUCUCAUAAUCACAUUGUAUCAUGGCCAACUCAAAAUCGUGUAGAUCCAGAAGUGACGGGAGAUUCAUCAGGAAUAUUAUGUUACAAUUACUUGGAAACAAGUAGUCCUCAGAGAUCAAAAUCAUCUCCAGCAGCAAAGAAACCAAGUUCAAAUCUUCCAUCUUGGGGUUCAAUGAAAUCAUUACUUAGUACACCUUGUGCACAUCGAAGGCAUAUAAAGUUAGACAAUCUUCGUACAUUUAUUCUUGCCGACAAUCAGUUGGAUCGACUAGUGCUAAUCAUUGAGGAAGAUAUUGGUGAUGAAGAUGAAAGUAAAAUUCAGGAAGCUGACACUGUUUCAACAACAAGUAGAGAAAGUUGUUCUAGUCGAAGUAAACUACUUUAUCCUGCAUUAUCAAUGUUGGAUAUAAGUAACAAUUAUAUCAAGGAAGUUCCUGCAUCCAUUUCAGAAUUGACUAAUUUAUCCGUACUAAAUAUUAGUGGAAAUACAGAUAUAUGCUAUUUGCCUCCUGAAAUGGGUUUAUUAACUAAACUUUGGAAUUUGAACACAAGAUGUUGUAAUUUAAAUGAGCCAUUAAAGAGCAUGAUUGAUAGCAAAAAAUAUAAAACAAUGGAUGUAAUUGGAUAUUUGAAGUCCAUUCUAGAAGAGUUAAUAAUCGAAGCAUCUCUUAAUGAUGAUUUGGAAAAAGAACAAUACUGUCAGUUAACAUCAUUAAACUUAUCACACAAUGCUUAUAAAACUAUACCUCCCGUAUUAGCCUGUUUUGCUGUUAAUUUGUCACGAUUAAAUAUGAGUUAUAAUAGACUUGUAGAUAUGGGCUCUGUAACUUGUUAUCCUGCUGGUUUGAAACAUCUUGAUUUAUCUCAUAAUCACAUUGUAUCAUGGCCAACUCAAAAUCGUGUAGAUCCAGAAGUGACGGGAGAUUCAUCAGGAAUAUUAUGUUACAAUUACUUGGAAACAAGUAGUCCUCAGAGAUCAAAAUCAUCUCCAGCAGCAAAGAAACCAAGUUCAAAUCUUCCAUCUUGGGGUUCAAUGAAAUCAUUACUUAGUACACCUUGUGCACAUCGAAGGCAUAUAAAGUUAGACAAUCUUCGUACAUUUAUUCUUGCCGACAAUCAGUUGGAUCGACUAGUGCUAAUCAUUGAGGAAGAUAUUGGUGAUGAAGAUGAAAGUAAAAUUCAGGAAGCUGACACUGUUUCAACAACAAGUAGAGAAAGUUGUUCUAGUCGAAGUAAACUACUUUAUCCUGCAUUAUCAAUGUUGGAUAUAAGUAACAAUUAUAUCAAGGAAGUUCCUGCAUCCAUUUCAGAAUUGACUAAUUUAUCCGUACUAAAUAUUAGUGGAAAUACAGAUAUAUGCUAUUUGCCUCCUGAAAUGGGUUUAUUAACUAAACUUUGGAAUUUGAACACAAGAUGUUGUAAUUUAAAUGAGCCAUUAAAGAGCAUGAUUGAUAGCAAAAAAUAUAAAACAAUGGAUGUAAUUGGAUAUUUGAAGUCCAUUCUAGAAGAUGCUAAGCCAUAUGCAAGAAUGAAAUUAAUGAUUGUUGGUGUUGAAGGAAUAGGAAAAACUUCAUUGCUCGAUCAACUUCGACAAGAGGGAACGGGGACUUAUCGUAAAAAACCACCAGAGCAUUGGGCAAAAAGAAUGGGAAAUAAAAAUAUAAAUCAGAAAACGUCUAAAGGAAUCAGCAUGUCAACUGUAGGAGUAGACGUUGGUGAUUGGGUAUAUGAAAAGAAAGUUAGAGGACAAUCAAGCUAUGGACCAGUUAUUUUCAGAACCUGGGAUUUUGGAGGACAGGCUCGUGCACCUAAUGCUCCAGUUCUUAUUGUGGGAACCCAUUAUGAUCUUGUAAAAGAACGUUGUCCUCCUUCAUAUUCUGAAGAAUUACAACAACUUAUAAGAGAAAAAUUUAUCAAUGUAGUUGAUGCAGAUAAAUAUGGUUUGCCAAGAGUGCUAGAUACAAUUGAAGUCAGUUGUAAGACUCGUCAUAAUGUUAAAUUACUCUGCAAUCUGAUCUACGACACAGUAUUUGAUUUAAAAUGCCCUGGAAGUAAAGAACGACUUUUGGAACAAAGAAUUCCAGCUACUUAUCUAGCUUUAGAAGAUGUAGUUGGAAAUUUAUCUGUUGAAAGACAUUUACAGGGAAAAGAUCCUGUAUUAAGAGCAGAACAAUAUAAUUGCCAUAAGAUAACUCAGUUGCCAAAUAAGCUACUCGGCAGAACCAUCCAUCAUGGAGUGUUACUUCAUUAUGAAGAUGCUACUUUAAAAGACCUAUAUUUUCUUGAUCCUCAGUGGCUAUGUGAUAUGUUGGCUCAUGUUGUAACAAUUCGUGAAAUUAAUCCAUUUGCAAGAAAUGGAAUUAUGAAAAUUGAAGAUUUGAAACAUGUAUUCAAAUCAUCUCAGUGUGCUCCAACAGAUGCUCAAAAUUAUAUUCUGUACUUAUUAAAUAAAUUUGAAGUAGCUCUUACAUGGGAUAAUCGAACACUACUCAUUCCAUCACUACUUCCAACAGAGGAACAAUUGAGAGCUGGCUUUCCUGGAUGUGAAGUUAGAAUACCCUUGAGAUCACGAAGUUGGGCUUUGAGGAAAAACUUUACCUCAACAGUAUUAACUACAAGUAAUACAUCUUUUAAUUUAGUUUUGAAGAGUAAAGAGAAGAGACCACAAAAACUACCACUUGAAGGAAUUUAUCUCACAAAUAAUAUAUCAAAACCUGAAAUUCAGGAUCAAGAUGCUUCUUGUUUGAUGUCUCCAACUUGCUUUAUCAGUCAUCUAACGCAACAUGAAGACAUUAUCAGGAGACUUCUUAUAAUGUCUUAUUUUCCAAGUGGAUUCUGGUCACGUCUUAUGACCCGGAUGCUAGCAGACGAUCUUAUUGUCGAAGUUAUAAGAUCUUACUUUAUUCUUCCCAAAGAUUUACAAAUGGAUCCUCUCUUGGCAUCCAUACUUAAUCAACGAGCUGAAUGGGUUUGUUGGCAAACUGGAAUGGAACUUCGUUAUCUUGAUUCUACACUUUUCCGUAUGAAGGAAAUUCUUCCGUAUCUAAAUAAUUCUCCUUGUGAUUAUCGUCAAAUGAGAUUUCUUUUACAGCAAGAAGGAGUUUGGAAUGAUGUAGAUAUUAAUAAUUCAUCUAUUCUAGAAAUUCUUCUUCCAAAUCAAGUAGCAGUUAUUCAAAAACCAGUAAUUGGUGAUAUUACAGAAAAUCAAACUACUAAACAGCAAGUUAUUGAAUUGAAGCCAAGUAAAGAAUGUGUAGCAAAAUUGCUUUCAUUAGCUGUUGAUCAUGUUGAUACUCUUUUAGAGGAUUGGUAUCCAACUCUUGGUACUAGAUUUGUUCAUACUUCUGAAGGAAAGUUUCUAGUCACAAGACUUGUACCUUGCACAUACUGUUUAGCUACACAUUUAAAAGAAGAAUUGAUGGGAGGAGGAUACAAUGGAGAAAAUUUUUCAGUAUUUGAUCAUCAUUGGGACAAGGAAAGUUGGCAAAUGGUUGAUGUGUCAGCUAGAAGUGGAGGUGAACCAUCAAUUACAAAGUCAUGUUUAGUUUCAGGAAAUAAUCUUUGGACAGGGGGAUUACAAAAUAACCAGGUAGACUGCAGUUCUCCAAAUAUAUUUCGUAGAAAUCAGGGAUCAAGGAGUAGCACCGUAUCACAUGACAGUGAUAGUGGAGUUGGUCCUGACAGUAACAGUUCAAGUCGUAAGCCAUCAGCAGAAGGAAGAACAGAUGAUGCUAUUAAUAGUGAUCAAGAUUCUUCGGGUCAAAUUUGUGCCACAGGCAUUGCUUGUGAUGUCGUUGUUUAUAAUUUUAUGGUAGAAGAUUGUAUUUUAGUUGCAACUCAACAAGAAUGUCUUCAAUGUCCAAGUCAUGGAAAUUUAUCAUUAACACAAAUUUCUCCAGACAUUGUAUUUGUAGAUCUUGGUGAGAGAUUUCUGAUUCAACCUGACAGCAUAAGACGUGGAAAAAUGUUAGGUAGAGGGGCAUUUGGUUUUGUGUUUAAAGCAAGUGUUAAACAAAGAGGUUCAAAUUCCUGUGCAAAUGUAGCAAUGAAGAUGCUACAGCCAGUUGAUCCUGGUUUUGGUGCUCGUCAGUCAGAUACAGUUGCAUAUAAAGCAGCAUGGAACAAAUGGCAACGAGAUCCUUUACAGUAUGCUUGCAAAGCUUAUUGCACAGCUCGACAAGAGUUAAAUAUACUUAUGUCACUUCGUCACACAAAUAUAGUUCCUUUAGUGGGUGUUUGCACGCAUCCUCUUGCUUUAGUGUUACAAUUAGCUCCUCAAGGAGCAUUAGAUUCUGUUUUAAGAAACUAUAGACGUUCAGGAGCAAGAUUAGAUUUACAUGUUCUUCAAAAAGUUAUUAUACAGAUUGCUAAAGCAUUGGAGUAUUUACAUCAGCAACACAUUAUAUAUAGAGAUCUAAAAUCAGAAAAUGUUUUAGUUUGGGAUUUUCCUCCUCCCUUCCAUGCACUUUAUCCACUUCCUGUUGUAGAAAUUAAACUUGCUGACUAUGGCAUCAGUAGAUCAACACUACCAACUGGUACAAAGGGAUUUGGAGGCACAGAAGGGUUUAUGGCUCCAGAAAUUAUGCGAUAUAAUGGUGAAGAAGAAUAUACAGAAAAGGUUGAUUGUUUCUCAUUUGGCAUGUUUAUGUAUGAACUGAUCACUUUACAUCUACCAUUUGAAGGUCAUGAAUGUGCUAAAGAUCAUAUUUUAGAUGGAGGUAGACCAUCCUUAACAUACAGAGAAAUGUUAUAUCCAACAUAUGUCCUUGAUCUUAUGACUCUCUGCUGGUCACAGCAACCAAAAGAUCGUCCUUCUGCAAGUCAAAUCGUUUCUAUAGCUACGGCACCUGAAUUUACCCAUCUAGUAGAUAUUGUUUCUCUUAAUGAUCGUAUGGCCGUUCUGAGUGCUGGAGCAAUUGAAGUUACGUCUUCUGAAAAUGGAGAUGGAGUAACAAAAGAAGCUAAAUGGGAAGUGUGGCUAAGUAGACUAGGAAAACAACUUGAUAUUUUGUCUUCAACAGAACAUGGUUGGAGAGAUUAUAAAGCUUUGACUUUAGAAACAGUCACUGUUACUGCAUUAUGUCUUGUUAAUGACACAAUAUGGUUAGGUGAUUCACGAGGAAAGAUUCACAUUUACAGCAUUGCAUCUCAUAUCAAAUUAUCUGGUUUUUCUUUGGAGACAAUGGGUAUAACGUCAUCGGCAAUUCGUAGUAUGUGUUACUUAAAAGAUCAAAAAUAUGUAGCAAUGGCUACUAGUGAUGGAAGGUUAUGGUUGUGCAAUGUUCAAAAUAGAUGCCAGUUUGAAGAACAAGUGGAAGAAAAUACAGAAUUAGAUAAUGUUGCCGAUUUUAUACAAGAACUUGGUUCAAAGGAUUGUCCUGUUUUUUGUAUUGCAGCAGUUAGUCUGUCUGAUAAUAAGUGUGAAUUAUGGUGUGGCCAAACACAAGGAAGCAUGAAAAUUUUUGCAUUACAUGAUGCUGUUGUCACUUCUCAUGAAGUUGUUUACCAUUAUGAUCCAGUAAUAGAUAAUUUAGAUGUAACUCAAUUAGUUUCAAAUAGUCAGAAACAACCAAUGAUUUGGUCUUAUGUUUAUCCAGGUUGUGUUGCUUAUCAUUGGGAUACAGUUAAUCGAACUAUAUUACAUAAACUGGAUUGUUCGAAACUCGCACCCUGUUCCGAGAGUUUAAUGUCUAUAAGUAUCGAAGAGCACUUGAGCCCCGGGCGAUGCCAAGUGACUGCCAUGGCAGUUCUCGGUACAGAAUUAUAUAUUGGAACAACUUGGGGUUGCAUCAUCGUUGCAGAAAGCAUUACCAUGAGACCCAUCACGAUCUUUCGUCCUUUUGAAGAAGAAGUGAAAGCCAUUCUUCCGCUCGGCAUCAAAUUCUCUUCUAAAAUGGAAUCGCCAAUCACGCCAGACAUUUCUUUAUCUUUCAUUGCAGCCGUAGGGAAAGGUUACCGUAAUCUGAUCGGCAGAUACACGGCUCUUCCUAAUUUUAACAUUCACAUACACGACAACAUGUAUCUUCUGCUGAUCAGGACAGACAACUGGUCCAGUGGUUGAUUGAAGGAAACAAAAAUGUCAGAUGCAUUCCAUGUAAUUUACAAUACUGUGAUAAUAAUUUAAUAAUAAUAAUAAUGAUGAUGAUGAUGAAGUUAUCUUAAUAAUCACAUUCUACAGAAUACUGUAGAAACUAGGAAAAAAAUAUGUAAAUAUAUUUUGUGCAGUUUCCCAUUUACAUUUUUCACUUUAUUAUUAUGUAUUCUUUAUGAAUCUGUGAUAAUGUGUACAUGUAAUUCUUAGCUCAUAGUAAUAUUUAAUAUGAGCUCUUAACAGUAAAUGCUGUUAUACAGUAUUUCAAAAAAUAUUCUGUCACAGCGUACCUGUUAACUAUGUCAUUCUAGGGAUUUUCAAUAUUAGAUUCUUAGUUAUUUCAAAAAAUAAUGCAAAUGUUAUUUGUCCAACAAGCAGCUAAUUCAUGAAAAAAAUAACAAAAAGCAAUUCUGUAUAUAUAUAUACAUAUAUAUUAUAAUAUAUAUUUAGUUUAUUUUUGCUGAAAGUAUAUAAAUUUAGAUCUGAAAGUUCUGUUUUGUAUAGUAACUUGUCCACAGUAAACAAUUAUAAAAUCAAUAUUAUAUAUUGAUGAGGACUAAUUUAUACUCAUGACAUUUUUCAAAUGAUCUUGAUCUGCCAAAUAUAUUUAUUUUUAUUUGUUUGGAUGAUUUCUGGAGUUUAAAUCUUUAUUAUAUUUAUAGCUAUAUUAUUUUUAGGUUUUGUGUAGAGUAAUGGAGAUUGUGAUCAUCCUGUGAUAUUGUGUUUAAAAAAUGGAAAUUAAUCUUUGAAUUUCGAAUAUUUGUAUUUAUACGAUAGAAAGUUAUUUUAAAAAUGAAUUCGACGAAUCAAGCAUGAACAAAUUGUCCUUUGAAAUAAAUAUGUCAUUGCUUGCUGAAUUUUAAAUGUUAAAACAUAUUCUAAUUUAAAAUCUGUUUACUCUUUUAGUGUGAAGACUCGUUGACUAUGUAUUUUACAAGUUGAAUGUAUACUAUAAUAUAUGUGAUCUGUUUUUUUAAGGUAGAUUUAUAAUGAAUAAUGUUUAAUUUAUUCCUUGUUAUCUUCUUAUUGAACUUUCUUAUGUAAUUGAAAAAUUUUCUUUUAACUUAACUGAAUUUUUUAUUUUCAUU